CGUAUGAAACAGAAGAAAUGGCUAUAGACAACUUACGCAAAUUAGAUGAUGGGAACGAGGAAAUUUUAAUGGGCUCUAAUACAAAUGAAUGCAAUACUAAGGAUGAUCAAUGUAAUAUGCAGAUAUUAACAUUGGAACAUAACACUGACAUUCGGCUGGUUGAGAGUAGUUCUAUGGAUGUGGAAGCUAGAAAGAAACUGGAAUUUCAUAUGGAAGGUGUAAACUUAACAAGACCAGAUAAGGCCAAGCCUAAGGGAAGAACAAUCAAAAGUAGUGAGCAACAAGUUUUAAAAUUGGGUGCGAAAGGAGCUAAGAAGAUGAGCAGGAAAUGCCAGAAAUGUGGCAUAGCUGAUGGUCACAACAGCCGUACGUGUUUAACUGUCAAGGAUAAUAGGGUUCGAUUGGCUAACCUAUCUGGACGUAAGCGAGGACGGCCUCCUGGUUCAAGGAACAAACUCAUAGCUGCAGCCCCGCAAUGGAAUGAGACAUCAACGUCGAAAAAACGAAUGGUGGAUGUCGGAGAUGAUGAUUCAUCUGGUAGAGAGUAG